AUGGCCGUUCUGCGCACAGAUCGAGGCCCAUGUUUCCGUUCGAAGCCGUUCGCUGACUUCGUGCAAUCCCGCGCCAUUGCUCACAAGCUACUGCCGCCAUACUCCCCUUUCUCGAAUGGGAUCGUCGAGCGGGCGGUCGCCGCAGUAAAGUUUGUGGCUCGCCAAGUUGCCUCCAAGAGGAGUUGGCCUACUCAGCUCGGUAGAGCUAUAUCCCGCUUGAAUAACAAACCUCUCUCUGGUAUUGCUCUCUCACCCCAUGAGAUCUUCUUCGCGAGGCGUCGUCGUUUCUCGGUGGAGAAUGCAGUAAUUCCUGCGGACGAAGGAGCAGUUCAUCCGGCUGGCUCGGAAGAAGCGACCUCUAGGGAAGAGGUUCGAGACGAGAUAGAUCGUAUUGUCAACGAAGCUAGGGCGGCCGAAGCCGAGCUGCGGUCGCAACAUCUAGGGAGGAGGCCUCGCGGCCCACCUCCUGUUGGUUCGGAGGUGUUGAUUUUUUCCCCCAAUCCUCUAGGUGGAGGAAGUUAUGGUCAAGAGAUAUAUAGAGUGUGUGGUGUGAUCGGGGCGGUUACCCUUCGUUUGGUGAAGGCGUCAAUCAAGCCCGAAGAUGUGACGGAUGAUAAGAUCAAGGAGGUUCACUUACCGAGCAUCCGGGGGGCAUGUCAGAGCACCCUCUGGAUAGGCGCCUUUAGACAGCGUAUGCGUGCAGGGGAUGCUCGUCGCACGCGCGCACAUGUUAUUGAUCAUCGACGCCUUUAA